GUACAGGAAGUCGAUGCCGGAACAUCAACACUGUGCGUACCAGUAGCUAGAAAACCCCGAAUAAUCGUCAUCUGUGCCCGCAGUCAUGGCUUAAAAUUGAAAGAGCGGUAUCGUAUAUUGCAAUACGAGCUCAAGAGUGGUUAACAGAAUUUAGAAGAUCCCUGCGACCCCGUAUGGGACGAACAGUUCUGAAAAUGUUGUGACAGUAGCUUGUAGCUCGCAGUCGGGGUCUACUUCGCGAGCUGCUGGCCGUGCGUGUAAACACGUUUACUAAGUCAGAGCUUCCUCAAGGGAAUGUCGUCGCUGAAGCUGUAUUACAGCCUGUAGGUUCCAGCAUCCGUCCGCCUGCGGUUUUGUCGGUGUUACGUGUGGAGCGAUGAGCUGGUUUAACGCCUCGCAUCUGUCCAGCUUCGCCAAGCAGGCUCUGACAACCGCCCAGAAGUCCAUCGACAGAGUUCUGGACAUAAAGGAAGAAGAUCAGUGGGGUGAACCGGUGGUUCCCUCGUACGACGACUUAUCUGGGAAAAGUUCCUUGAGUGGAGGCUGGGGAGUUAGCCAGUGGGACUCGCCCCCAAAAGAGUGCGUGCAGCCCAUCCCCAAGUCAACAGAAGCCAUCACCACCCCCGUCACCCGCACCGUCGUUGAUGAAUCUGAGAGUUUUUUCAGUGCCUUUCUGUCUCCUGGGGAUCUGUCGGGCACAAAGAAGUCGUGUGUGGUGUCUGUGCCUCCGACCAAGUCCCGUCGGCUGCAGAAAACGGAGGACGAUGCCGUGAUGGUAGUUGAGGAAAGCAGUAGCCCUCAGAAACCGGGCAGGCCCGAGCUCAAGAUGGCGAUAACGACUGAGCCUGUCCAGGCUGAGGAUUCUAAGCCAGUGCCCUCCACUUGUGCUGACUUGCUGAAAGUUGAUCUGGAGCAACCUCCAGCGCUGAAUGUCCCGACAGUCUCUGAGGGCCCUGUGCCCAGUGCGCUGGAGUCAGAUGCUGGUGGUAAGGCUGUCCCUGCUGUAGAGAUACCCGAAGCAGACAGAUCCUUAACCCCUCAUGGGCCUCAAGGUGUAGACACACCAGACAGUGCUGGGUCUGCUGUGCCUUUGGCUUCACAGAGCCCCUCAAAAGUACAGCCCCUCACCUCCAAAGAUGCUCCGUCAGAGUCUAAAGACCCAAAGUCUGAAGACAGGCAAAGUAACACUCCGUCACCUCCCAUAAGUACCUUCUCUUCUGGGACCUCCACAACAAGUGACAUCGAGGUGUUGGACCACGAGAGCGUGCUGAGCGAGAGCUCGGCCGGCUCGCGUCAGGGGGCAGAGUCCAAGGCCGGUCUGCACCUGAUGCAGAGCUCCUUCCAGCUGCUGUCCUCCUCGACCUGCACUGAUUUUCAGCGCUUGGAGGAGUACCAGAAGCUGGCUGAGAGCUGCAGCUCCUCGGACGCCUUUGAGCGCAUUGACUCUUUCAGCGUGCAGUCGCUCGACAGUCGCAGCGUCAGUGAGAUCAACUCGGAUGACGAGCUGCCUGGGCGGACGUGCACUCUCGCUUCAGUCACCGCAGGCCCCUCUGUACCCCUCCCAUCACCAGCUGCAGUCGAGCAGGAGGCAGAGGAUACGCUGAUAGACACUGCCAGGGACCACUCACUAGACGAGAAUGAGAUGGAAGAGAGCGGGCGCAGUGCCACACCGGUCAACUGUGAGCAGCCUGAAGAGCUGAUGGAUCUGGAAACUCCUGUCCCUGAAUCCGGGACUGCUGCAGAUCUCGGUGGACAGUCAGGACCUCCAGUCACAGAGAAAUCAACAGGAGCCUCAUCUUAUCAGAUUUCAGAACUUCAGAAGAUUAUUGAUGAACUGACGAAUCGACUUGAAAAGCGAGAAUCUCAGCUGUUGACUGUCAGCAAAGAUAAGGCGCGACUUGAAGAGCAGUGUGACAAUCUGAAGGAUGAGAUAGUUGCGCUGAGGGAGGAGAACUCCAACGUGCAGCUCCUCACAGACGAGUUCACUCAGCGCAUCGCGGAAGCGGAGAAGAAAGCACAGUUGGCCUGCAAGGAAAGAGACAUGGCAAGGAAGGAGCUGAAGGGUAUGAAAGAAGAGCUGUCAAUGAGGCUGAACUCCAGUGAGACUAUGGAGAUCAUUAGAGAGAAGGAGGAACAGAUCAGAGGCCUGCUGGAAGAAGGCGAGAAGCUCUCCAAACAACACCUCCAGCAUUCUAACAUCAUCAAAAAACUUCGAGCCAAGGAGAAGGAGAACGAGAACCUGAUCACCAAGCAGACCAAGAAACUGAAGGAGCAGGAGGAAGAACUGAAGCACCUGCAGCAGGUUCUUGAUGGAAAGGAAGAAGUGGAGAAGCAACAUCGUGAGAACAUCAAGAAGCUGAAUGGGGUCGUGGAGAAGCAGGAAAGGGAGCUGAGCCAGCUACAGAGCGACAUGGAGGAGAUCCAGGAGAAGAACCGCAGCCUUCAGGUCGCCCUGGACAAUGCCUACAAGGAGAUGGCGGAGCUUCACAAGGCCAAUGCCACCAAGGACAGCGAGGCCCAGGAGGCAGCCCUCAGCCGGGAAAUACAGGCCAAGGAGCAGCUGAGCCUAGCGCUCGAGAAGGUUCAGGAGGAGUCUCGCUUGCAGCAGGAAGCUCUAGCCAGCCAGGUGACGGACCUCCGAUUGGCUCUGCAGAGGGCUGAGCAGCAGCAGGCCAGGAAGGAGGACUACCUACGGGAGGAAAUCAGCGAGCUGCAGCAGAGACUCCAGGGAGCGGAGACACGGAACCAGGAACUGAGUCAGAGCGUUACCUCGGCAACGCGACCUCUGCUAAGACAGAUAGAGAACCUGCAAGCAACGCUAGCAGGGCAGACAGCAUCAUGGGAGAAGCUGGAGAAAAACAUCUCAGACCGACUAGCGGAUGCUCAGGCCCAGCUAGCUGUUGCUGUAGAGAAGGAGCGCUCAACUGCUGAGGAGCUUCUUGCUGUCAAGGCCCAGCUGGCCUCGCUGGAGUCCCAGAACUCACUCCUGCGGCAGGAGAAGGGACGUCUCCAGGGUCAGAUGGAUGUGGAGAAGGCUAGGAGGGAGAAGCUGGAGGAUGACAGCAGCAGGGAGCACGUAGAGCUUGAGAACCUGAGAGGCGAGUAUACGCGGGCACUGGAGGAAGCCAGGAAGGACAAGCUACUCCUGACCAAUCAGUUGGAGAUGGAGAAAAUGAAGGUGGAGCAAGAAAAGAAGAAGUGCUAUUUGGCACAGGAAGCACUAAAAGAAAGGGAGCGGAAGUCCCUGGCGCACACUGUGCCGGAGCUCCCAGCAGCCUCCACACCAUCCCUAUCCCGCUCCAGCUCCAUCAGUGGGGGGGAGAACGGAGGGCUGCAUUCCUCAAUGUUCUCGCAGGAAGACACCCUGGAUCAUCCGUUUGGUGCAAUGCACAUGUCUGCAAGUGCGAACAACCUAUACGAGGUGGCCCGACUCGGGGGUGGGUCCAGCGUCAUCGAGAAUCUGCAGUCGCAGCUGAAACUACGAGAAGGAGAGAUCGCUCAGUUGCAGCUGGAAAUCUCCAGCUUGGAGAAGACCCGCUCCAUAAUGGCUGAGGAGCUGGUGAAACUGACCAAUCAGACUGAUGAGAUGGAGGAAAAAGUGAAGGAGAUUCCUCGACUGCGGGCACAGCUGAAGGAACUGGAGCAGAGACACAACACCAUCCUGCAGAUGUAUGGGGAGAAGGCAGAGGAGGCAGAGGAGCUCCGUUUGGACCUGGAGGACGUGAAGAACAUGUACAAAACCCAAAUUGACGAACUGCUGAAAAACCAGAAAUGAACAAUUAAAAAAUGAAUUUGAAUGAAGGCCACCUGUUCGUUUCCUCUCAGUAAAAUGGGAGUUGCCUUUCUAGGUGUUCCAACAUCCAAAACAGAGGUGUCAUUCCAAGAUGUUUUUCCUUACGUCUGGGAAGAGUGGCUAUCCAAAGAGCCCCAUUAAGAGAUUGUCCCAAGUAUUUGUUCUUGAUUGUUAGCAGUCAGAACUUUCACAGCAUUUAAGGAAAAUGGAAAUGUAGAACUGUGAAUGAAAGUGAUUCCACUACAAUAUACUUGACAGCUGUGAAGUUUAGCUUGUGCUAGUAUGAACUCCUGCUCGCCUGCAUUCUGCCACUGUAAAGUGCUCUAGGUGGCUGUAGAGCUCAGCCGACACCUGUCAGGCUCUGUGGCGUGUUCAUACACCCAAAGGGUUAUUAUUAUCCAUCAUACAGUGUGUGCAGUAUGCAAGGCACAGCAGGAUUUGCAUGUGUAAGUGGUGGGCUGGCAUCUGUGGUCCUCCACUUCUGACUUGAUUCUGACCUGAUUCUGUACAGGUCUGGAGCACUUCUCAACAUUUUUCCACCAUAAGGUGUCUUCUGGUGAGGCUUGGGUGUUUUUAUCAAUCAAAAACACCUAAUGGGACCAGGCAUAAAAUUGUUUUACUUUUCCUGAGCUUCAGCUUGUAGAGCACAUAAAUCAGAAUCAGACAUGAAGAAGUGAGGCAGAUCACGGUGCACUUCCUUUACCUGAAAAGAGUAAUUUUACAGCCUUAGCAGUUGUAGGGAAAACAGCUGUUGUUCUCAGUUAUUGAACCUGUAAGAUGGUAUAAUGAGCAUAGUUGCAGUUUGCACUAAACAUUUUCUUUUCCUUUUAUUUCAGCUUCAGUGGCUGAUUUAUUGAAUAUAUGGAAAUCUAUAAUAUAUACAAAAUAGACCUCUAUUGUAUUUUUAGUUGUAGAUAUUAAACUAAUUCAUCAGUGUGGUUUAUAUUAUGGUGUGGAAUUGUAGCACAUUUUAGCAGAGGGUGACAAGAGUAAAAAUGUAUCACUGGUUUUGAGCUGUAACAGUUUCCAGUUGUAAAUUAAUGUAUAUACCAAAUGUGAUUAAAAGGCAAAAGGAAAAUAAAAUCUUAAAUACAUGGAAUGUUAUGCUAAGUAAUGUACUGAUUUUUAAACAUCUGCAAGUAGUUCACACAGUUCUGGCACUUCUAUCACUGGAGCAGGAGUUAAGGCAUUAAUUUGUGACCUGAGGGUUGAUGGCUCAAGAUCCGCUCCCCCUGCUGCUAUAGUUUCCUUGAUCGAGGGGCUUACUUUUACCUCGCUAUGACUGUUAACUAGUAUUUAACUGACACCUUUAUCCAAAGUGUCUUGCAGUGUUAGACACACUACAGCAAACUCACUGUAGUCAUUCAUUCAUCUAUAUAGCACUUCACCUGAAACACAUGUUUGGAUGGUGGGAGGAAACCCAUUCAAGCAGAGGGAGAAUGUGCACGGCACAGACCGAGUUGGUAUCAAACCCGAGUCCGAACACACGGCCUAGGUGCUGCGAGAUACUAGCGGUGCCUGCUGUGCUCUCCUUACCUUGUCCUUGGCUUAAAUGACUUCUGUAAAAAUAUUCAACAAUAAAACAGUACCAAUUACUCUCUCACUUGGCAGGUCAGCUAAGCAAUGACAAUAUCAAUAUGACCCCAUGGUGGAAAGUCACACUUAACAGUGGACACAGCACUGUACUGUACGUCACCCUUCUGUCUUAUUACUUGGAACACAGCGCCCUCUGGUGUCUGUAGUUAAAAUCACCCAGAACUCAGCCCCCCCCCCGCUGUCUACUCUGAGUACUGUAUUUUCUCAGAACCUUUUGCUGUCUACACUUACUAUGCAGACCAACA